AAAGGCUUUCGACAAUUUUCAGCUUGUAGAAUGGGCAGUGGGAGCAAGAGGAAGCUUUCACAGUCAUCUGUGUCUACUUCCUCCUCCGACGAUUCGGACUCCAAUUCCGACGUCUCAAGAAGGCGACGAAGGCACCGUAAGCAUGACGCUUCCUCAAGGAGGGAGAAGGAGAGGAAGAGAGCCAGAGAAGAAGAGAAGAGGAAGAGGAGAAAGGAGAGGAAGAAGGGAAGGGAAAAAGAUAGAAAACAUUCGAAAUCAAGAAAAAAGAAAAGUUAUGAGUCUGAUUCCGAGUCUGCGUUGAGCGGUUCCUAUCCUGAUCCUCAGAGCGCGCAAGUUGGGCCAGAAUUUGUGAUGCGAGAUAUGUUGAGGGAGUUUCCAAACGUUGGUGGCGACCUAAAGCAGCUUCUGCAAAUGAUUGAUGAUGGACAAGCUGUUGACAUCAAAGGCAUAUCUGAAAGCUCUUUGAUCAAGCACCUGAAGAAGCUGUUCCUUUCGUUGAAUCUCAAGGAAAGUGGCGAUGAUGUUUUCUUACUGCGGUCAAAUGCCCGUCCAACUUUGGAUGUUGUUGGACCGUUGAUUGAAGCUAAUGUAGAGGGGAAAGAUAAACAAUGUGAUCAUUCUCUACCAGUGAAGGAUGCUCAUGCAGUACCUCCUAAUCCAGAUCACAUACCAGCCCUAGAUGAAAACUCUUCACCGGUAAUGGGUCUAAGUGACAAUUCGUCUGCAAGUAAAAGAAGAAUAAUCGGCCCUGAAAUGCCAUCAGCUGAUUUACUUGCUGCAGCGGCCAAAUUAACAGAAGCACAGGCGGAGCUCAGAGAAGCAGAGUUGGAGGAAGAUUCUGAGCUCUUUAUAGGACCUCCACCACCUGCUAUGGUUGCUGAAGCUGAAUCAGCAAAUGAGGCUGAACGUUUUGAAGAGGUGACAAGAAUUAUGAGUGCAGAGGCAGAUUCUCCUUAUGAUGUUAUAGGAUUGAACAGAGACACUUCUAUGAAUAAUAUUAAAAAAAGGUAUUGGAAGCUGUCUCUUUUGGUGCAUCCAGACAAAUGCCCUCAUCCUCAAGCCCACCAGGCAUUUAUAAUACUAAACAAAGCUUUUAAAGAAUUGCAAGAUCCAGAUAAGCGAAAAAUGUUGGACGAAAAAAUUAAAGCUGAGGAUGAAAAGGAACAAUUUAAGGCUGAGUUACGAGCAAUGCGUGAAGCUGCACGGUGGAGACAAUUACAAGGUAUAUCAAUGGAAGGUGAUGAUGAGCUCCUGGCUGAGAUGGAAGUUAAAGUAGCACCAAAAAGAGAUGAAUGGAUGACAACGGUUCCUCCUGAGAGAAAGCCUGGUAUGACCUCGCAAUCUACUACGAGAUUUAGCAAAAGCACUAAAGAAGGACGGGGUGAUACCAGUGUUUGGACAGACACUCCCUCAGACAGAGCCCAGAAAGCAAAAAUGAAUUAUCUAGAAGCAUACAAUGAGGCAGCAGCCCUUGCUUCUAAUAACGAGCAAAAGAGGAAGGCAAAUACAGACGCAGAUUUGGUGGAUCAAUACAACAAAGCGAAACGUUCAAAAUCGUUGGUACAAAAGCAUCAGGAAGAGUCGGGGAGUCGUUUGAAGAAAAAGUCCAAGCAAGUGAAAGAGAAAGAAGAGUGGGUUGGAAACCAUCCAUGGAAACCUUGGGAUCGUGAAAAGGAUCUUGUAGCUGGAAGGAAAAAUAUAAAACUUGAUUCAGAAAACAUGGCUGAGGGAUUGACUGGCAGGUUCUCAUCCGGUUCAUUUGAGAGGAACUUCCUCUAGGGAACUAAUAGUUGGCUUACAUACCGAUAGGUUUCCCUUCUGCGACAUUGUGUUUUACUUGCAUGGCCAUUAUAUUUAAUUUGAAGAUAGGAGUUCUCAUGUUAAAUUUUAAUUUUUUUCUUGUCGGAAAAUUUCAUGUAAGUAUCCUCUUGAUGAAUGUUGGAGACACUCUAUUUUUGCCAAAUUCUAGUUUUUAGGGCCUCAGAUGAGCUUUUUAAUGUUAAUAUUAUUGUUGAAACAGUAACAUGUGGUGCUGUUUUACAAAAAGUAAUAUUAGAUUAAUAU